GGUUUGGAAUUGGGUUGGGGUUUGGGGGGGGUGAAGUCGAGUUGAAGAAGCAGAGUUCGUGUUCGAUGCAAUUGACCAACAAGACUACUCAAUGUGUCGCUUUUAAGGUAAAAACAACGAGUCCUCGCAAGUACUGUGUCCGUCCAAACACUGGUGUUGUCUUACCCGGUGAUUCCUGCAAUGUUACAGUGACGAUGCAAGCCCAGAAAGAGGCACCUCUUGAUAUGCAAUGCAAAGACAAGUUCCUUGUUCAGACUGUUAUUGUCUCUGAUGGUACUUCUUCCAAAGAUGUCCUCGCCGAAAUGUUCACCAAGGAGGCCAGUAGAGUGAUUGAGGA